CGACGCAGAGUGCUGGACCGGAACAGCAAUUUUUCACGAGCUCCGACCAUGAAUACUGCAACAAAUGACUUCAAGAUAAUGCCACGUUCGAUGGUGUGCGAGGACAGCAACCUUCGUGGAGACAUCACCAUCUCGAGCGGGUGCGUCAUCCAUCCCAGUGCAACCAUCAUAGCCGAAUCGGGACCGAUCGUGAUCGGAGAAAAUUGCAUCCUGGAAGAGUACGCCACGGUUCGGUACCGGAUACCGACCGACCAUCCGGCCGCCGCCGAAUACACUGUGGACGGGGAACCGAAACCGCUCGUCAUCGGGCCCGAUAAUGUGUUCGAAGUCGGGUGCACCGUCGAAGCGCUUUCGAUCGGCGAACGGAAUGUGUUCGAGUGCAAGAGCUACGUGUCGGUGGAUGUUACGGUCGGAAGUGGGUGCGUGGUGGGAGCCGGUUGCCGGUUGGUCGGAAAGCAAACCUUGGCGGACAAAACCAUCGUGUACGGCGGAUCGUGCCUUCAGCGGGAGGCGAUGGACAAGCAGAAAACGCAAAUGAUUCAGCUCGACUAUCUGCGGAAGAUACUGCCAAACUAUCACCACCUGAGGAAAGUUAAUUAUGAUCCCAAGAAAGUGCGGGCCCAAGUUUGAGCGAACCGAUUCAUUACCUAAAAACCACUAAUUUAUUAAUAAAGAUU